AUGCGUUUCUCGACAACAGCAGCCGCAGCGGCUGCUCUGAGCAUCUCCGGUGUCUCGGCCAACCUAAAUCAGCUUGCAGUAGCGGCUGGAAAGAAGUACUUCGGAUCGGCCACGGACAACUCUGAGCUUACCGACACGGCGUAUACGGCUAUCUUGAAUGACUCCACCGAGUUCGGACAGAUUACACCCGGCAAUGGUCAGAAGUGGCAAUACACCGAGCCCACCCAAGGCACCUUCUCGUAUACCAGUGGUGAUCAGAUUCAAGAGCUUGCAGAGGCCAAUGGACAGCUCCUUAGAUGCCACACGCUUGUGUGGUACUCUCAGCUGCCUUCGUGGGUUUCCUCCGGCUCCUGGACAGCUGCGACCCUUACCGCUGUAAUCCAGACUCACAUCGCCAACGAGGUCGGUCACUACAAGGGCCAGUGUUACUCCUGGGAUGUGGUGAAUGAGGCUAUCGCCGACGAUGGCUCUUACAGAACAUCGGUCUUCUAUAACACUUUGGGUACUGACUACAUCCCUAUCGCUUUCGCUGCUGCUGCCGAGGCCGACCCGGAUGCCAAGCUCUAUUACAACGACUACAACAUUGAGUACUCAGGCAGCAAGCACAACCGGGCUCUUGAGAUUGUCGAGAUCUUGAACAACGCCAGCGUCCGAAUCGAUGGUGUUGGUCUGCAGGCUCACUUCAUCGUCGGUAGCUCGCCCGGCCAGAGCGAUCUGACCAACGUCCUGCAGUCGUACGUUGACCUCGGUAUCAGCGAGGUCGCCUACACCGAGCUCGACAUCCGCUUCUCCUCCCUGCCCGCUACGGACUCUGGACUGCAACAGCAAGCUACCGACUACGCAGCUGUUGUGAAGGCCUGCCUUGCUGUUGACGAGUGUGUUGGUAUCACCAUCUGGGAUUUCACUGACAAGUACUCUUGGAUCCCCAACACCUUCUCAGGCCAAGGAGGUGCCUGUCUCUAUGAUGAGAACUUGAGCAAGAAGCCCGCCUACACCACCGUUUCUUCCAUCUUGGCCGCUGCUGCUACCGGUGGAUCCAGCGCCACAGCUACUUCGGCUACCCUUACGGCCACCACGGCAACUAGCACCACUGCAGCUGCCACCUCGACCACGGUGACCUCGUCCGCUGCUUCAACUGCGACCUCCUCAACUGGUGCGGCCCACUACGGACAAUGUGGGGGAAAGAGCUGGACCGGUGCGACGAGCUGUGUUAGCCCAUAUACCUGCACAUACCAAAACGACUACUACUCUCAGUGCCUCUAA